AUUCAAAAAAAUAACAAUAUUGAAAAAAUUCACUUUCCGCUCACGGAUUUGUAAUCUACGCGUAAAAAAAAGACGAUUAAAAAAAAAAAUUAAAUUUUGAGGCCUCCUUAGUUGGGGGACCUAAACUAUACAUUUACCUUGAUUUUUCUAAUAUCAUGUUUUUAUGAACUAAAAAAUUACUUUAGUAUAGUUAAGAACACAUUUUAAACAAAGAAUAAUAAUUUAGAAUUUAUUCUGUUACCACAGCACUGUCGGCUGUCAAAUGUAUUGUUAUUUCUUUUGAUAUUUUCGCACUGUGCGUUUUUGUCGUUUUGACAACUACCUCGUGUUUUUGUAUUCCCUUUUUCUGCAACACUCAUUAAGCUCGGAAAAUUUUACAGCAUUAAUUUGUGCAAAGUUCAUUUAAUAACCAAGUUGGAAAUUGUUCUGUUUAUACAACAAAAUGUCAGUAGAAAUAACAAAAGUGGAAACCACAGUCAAUGCGGAGGAGGGCGUUGAAAAUGCGGCAACCGAGGCUCCUGCCGCAACUGGUGAGGAGGUGAAAAAACAAAAGAAGCCUAAACCAAAUAAUAAGAAACUGCGACAAGCUGAGGCAGCGGCGAAAAAGGCAACGGAUGGUAUGGAUGGUGAAAAUAGCGAAACAGUAAAUGCGGUGGCUAACGGUGAGUCCAAAGAGGAAGCUGAGAUCGCCACAAAUGCAACUGAGGGCGAUAAAAAAUCAGCGCCUAAAAAGAAAAAUAAAAACAAAAACAAAAUCGGCAAUAAGAAAGUGCAAACCGAUCCACCGAGCAUACCAAUUGCAGAACUGUUCUCUGAUGGACAAUUUCCGGAGGGUGAAAUUUUGCAACAUCCUACACCUAAAGAUCUGCCCGAUGAUCGUACGGCCAAGGAUCGUUUUACAUCGGAAGAAAAACGUGCUUUGGAUCGCAUGCAUAACGAUAUCUACCAGGAAUUGCGUCAGGCUGCAGAGGCACAUAGGCAGACAAGGCAGUACAUGCAACGUUACAUUAAGCCCGGUAUGACUAUGAUACAGAUUUGUGAAGAAUUGGAGAAUACAGCACGUCGUUUAAUUGGCGAAAAUGGGUUGGAGGCCGGUUUAGCAUUUCCCACCGGUUGUUCGUUGAAUCAUUGUGCUGCACAUUACACGCCUAACGCUGGUGAUACGACUGUCUUGCAGUAUGAUGAUGUGUGCAAAAUUGAUUUCGGCACACACAUCAAGGGACGCAUUAUCGAUUGCGCCUUUACGCUAACAUUUAACAAUAAGUACGACAAACUUUUGCAAGCUGUGAAGGAAGCCACCAAUACUGGAAUUAAAGAGGCCGGUAUUGAUGUACGUCUAUGCGAUGUAGGCGCCGCCAUACAAGAAGUUAUGGAAUCAUAUGAACUGGAGUUGGAUGGCAAAACAUAUCCAAUCAAGUCGAUAAGAAAUCUGAACGGCCAUUCCAUCAGCCCCUAUCGUAUUCACUCUGGCAAGACCGUGCCAAUUGUCAAGGGCGGCGAAUCCACACGCAUGGAAGAAAAUGAGUUCUACGCUAUCGAGACUUUCGGUUCAACCGGUCGCGGUCUCGUACAUGACGAUAUGGAUUGUUCGCAUUACAUGAAAAAUUUCGAUGCCCCGUUCGUACCAUUGCGUUUGCAAUCAUCCAAACAGUUACUUGGUACAAUCAAUAAACAUUUCGGCACGUUGGCGUUCUGUAAACGUUGGUUGGAUCGCGCCGGUGCCACUAAAUAUCAAAUGGCGCUGAAGGAUCUUUGCGAUAAGGGUGUAGUGGAGGCAUACCCACCACUUUGCGACAUUAGAGGUUGCUACACCGCCCAGUACGAGCAUACAAUUAUGUUGCGACCAUCAUGUAAAGAGAUUGUAUCGCGUGGCGAUGAUUAUUAGUACAUACAUACAUACAUACAGAAACAACACAUGUGUACACGCGUUUGCAAAAUUUCAAUAAAUAAUGCAAAUUCUAAAUUGUUUUCAUAAUUAUAAUUUUAUCUAGUGCUCAAUGAAAUUAACACUUGAAAUUUACCACAAUUGAAAAUUAUUUUCCUUAAAUGUGUAUAACACUCGAAAUACUAAGAUUUGGCCAAAGCAAGCAAAACAAGCUCUAAUCAUCUUAAAAUUGCAUAAAUUGUUAAAUUAUUAUCGAAAUGAAAAAGUUAUUUGCGCAUAAUAUACCAAUACAUUAAACCGCAAACAAAAAUUGAUCAGUUCGAUCUAAAAAAAUGUUUAUAUCUGCUUCUUAGUAAUCGAUUUUGUAAUAUAUACAUACAUACAUACAUAAAGCAUUGAAUUUAAAAUGUAAAAGUAAAAUUAAAAAAGCAUGUUUAUCAAAAACCUAAAAUGAAAAGUUACAUUAAAAA